UGGGGACUUCAAUAUUGAUCAUGUACAGAACAGCAAAUCAUCCCUUGCUGGGCACACUGAUGGCAGCUACCAAUCAGCCCCGCCACCGUAUACUACCUCUGCCACCUCAGAGACGCCUGUCUCUGAAAAUGACGCUCAAGGUAUUCGGUUCCCUCCAAAGUCCACAUCAAUUUUAAUUUGCAAUCUCACACAGCUUCUCGAGCAGCAGCCCGAGUGGCGUAUCUCCGCCAACCUCUGCGUCAGGAAUCAUUGGAAGACGCACUCGAGACACUGCGCCAAUAUGACACAAUUAUCAUCAUGGACGAUUCCUCGUCGAUGGCUGGUUCGCUAUGGAAGGAGGCAAAACAGGCCCUUGCCACACUUGCUGGUGUCGCGAGCCAAUAUGAUGCCAAUGGCGUCGACAUCCACUUUUUGAACCAUUACGAAAGCAUAACGGGAGUUACAGACUCCAAAGCUGUCCACGAACAAUUCACCAACCUCCAGCCUCGCGGCCCUACCCCUAUUGGACAUCGCCUCGACAUAAUCCUCGGCGAUUAUUUCCGUGACCUGGAUGCUGCCAAAAGACAGGAGGAUGCUGGUGACUAUUUUGCGCGCAAGCAAAUUAAGCCCGUGAACGUGAUCAUCAUCACUGAUGGGGCACCAACGGAUGAUCCCGAGAGUGUAAUAGUCUCUUUUGCUAAGCGACUCGACGCCGAUAAGUGGCCACUUGCACAAGUUGGAAUACAGUUCGUUCAGAUAGGGAAUUCAAGACGCGCAACCCAGUUCCUCGUAGAAUUGGAUGAUAACUUGAAGCAGACACAUCAUAUACGAGACAUCGUGGACACAACACCCUAUAUCGGUCAACUGAAUGCUGAAAUGCUCAUCAAAAUUCUCCUAGGUGGCAUCAAUCGCCGCGUGGAUACCAAGGGUGGUGCUGCGGUCAUGUAUUAGGAAAUAAAUUUGGAAUUACAACGUGGCGAGACACUUAUCAUCACGAAAUUCCCCAGUUCUACCUGCCAACAAUACUACCAGCGCGAAGAGACACAGACUAGAACAAAUAUUCGGAGAUGUUACACCACUCGCACACGACGACGGAGAUUGAACGACACAUACCCUGCAUCCUAUCGCCUUUAGCUCCUGUCUGCACCAGUGAGCGGACAACACAUGACUCAUGACAUAUACUUGCAUAUUUUGUCUACCGUAGGGCAUGGCACCAACGGCUGUAGAAAAUACUGUAUUAUUCAUGUACACUAUGAGCCUCAUGACGAGUAUUGAAUAUCGAAUUACGAAUCCCAAUCUUCCA